UAGUUUCCAAAGAAAUUAUGGAGCUUGAGGAACUACUGUAUAAAAUAUUUCUGAUGUUUUGUGAGCUAUUUGAAUCCAAUAUAGGGGCAAAGAGGCACCUCCCCGAUAGAGAGCAAAAAACUAGAAAAAUAGUAUCACUUUAACACCUUGUUUUAACAAACAAGUGUGUGUGUGCAGGAAGUUAUUGUCAUCAAUUCACAACAAUUUUAAGUCUCAGAGAUUUUCUCGAUAUUCUGAAGCAAGAUAAACGUUUACAAUGGCCUCGUCUAAGAGUAGUGAAGAGGAAGCCCUGAAAGUAGGAGGCAUGUUUGCUGUACACCCCAAUAAAGACUGUCCACAUGUAGAGUCUUUGGUUGCUGGUAUAGAAAAGUUGAGCAUUGACAUAGCACUACCAUGUGGGGUGUGUGGUAAUGUAGGUGAAAACUGGUUGUGCUUGAAGUGUUCAAGCGUGUACUGCAGCCGUUAUAUCCAGGAGCACAUGAUGCAUCACAACAAUCAAAAUCCAACCCAUGAGAUAACACUCAGCUUCAGUGACUUGAGCUUUUGGUGCUAUGCUUGUGAUAGCUACAUCGAUUCCCCUCACCUAGAGUCCAUCUUAAAAGCCGCUACCAUGGCAAACUUUGAUACACCUACCCAAAAGCUGAAGAAUGAGGCUUCAGCUAAUUCAGAUCCUCAAGAAUUAGGGGCAUCAUCAAGCAAAGAAGGAGAGGAAGGAGAUGAAGAAAAUCCUACAGCAGCCCAGUCUGUUAUGCCCAUGGAAAACCCUGAGCCUGAGGCUUUACCUCAAUCAAAUCCCCAAACGUCAGGGGUACCACCGGACAAAGAGGGAGAAGAAGAAGGUGGGAAAACAUCUAAUGCAACAAAUGAAGUUCCUUCAAGGGCUUUUCAUCUGGAGAGUAGAUUGGAAAAAGAAGUACUACUGAGUCGCAUGAGGGCUGUAAUCUAUGGCAACUGUAUUGGAGAUGCCAUAGGAUUGCUCACUGAGUUUAUGACAAAAGAAGAAGCGCUAGAGAUUUAUUGCACAGUCAAAGAGAGAAAGUUUCUAGGACUAAUGGGAUUCAAAUGGAAUAUGCCAGUUGAUAAACUGGAAUUGGAAUAUUCCAUGAAAUGUGAUGAUUUUCAUCGCAGUCGCUGGCAGGUUGGUGAUUGGACAGAUGACUCAGAUCAAAUGAUUCUCAUUCUCAGAACACUGUUGGACAAAAAUGGAAAGGCAGACAUUCUUGACUUUGUACAAAAGUUUAAAGUCUGGACAAAAACUGGUUACAAAGAGCUUGGCGACCAUGGUGGGAUGGGAAUUGGACGAACAACAUUCAAUGUUGUUUUACAAAAGGACUUCUUAACUGACCCUCACAAGUGUGCACAUCAAGUGUGGGCUGACAGCGGAAGGUGGGUAGCAAGUAAUGGAGGUGUAACGAGAACAUCUAUUCUUGGCAUUCAAGACUUUGGUGAUAUCCCAACAGUUAUCAAAAACACGAGGCAGAUCUGUAAAGUAACCCAUGCAGACCCAAGAUGUAUUGCUUCCUGUGUAGCUGUAACUACUGCCAUUGCUUUGAUGUUACAAGGAAAGCACUGUAAGGGAAAUGGAUACGAUGAAGAGGCAAUUUGUAUAGAAGCCUUCGAUUAUGCAUGUGCUGAACUUCAGACACGCAAAGAGAAAGAAGAACUUCGAAAACACAUGUUUGCUAAAACGUUGUCUGACCUUAGGCUUUCUGGUGAUAACAAGAUAGGGUACACCUAUAAAUGUCUGGGGGCAGGGUUCUGGGCCUUCAGACAGAAAGACUUUCGCGUUGCAUUGACAGAACUUGUUAUGGAGGUAUGCAAAAGUUUUUAAUUUAGCAGACAUUUUCUUAGGUAAUAUUAAACCGUAGAAUUAGUGAUCUGGACUCAGAGAUAAGAUAAAAAAAGACGCUCAAAGAGCGUAAACUGGGUUGCCUUGAUUUUUGCGUAUAGAAACCGCGUUUGCGCGGCCUCUGAAGUGAGUGUAUUUCACUCAGAAAAUUUUUUUUACUCGCUGAAAUAAGACGAGCUUUUCUACAAAUCUCUUACUCAUAUUAUUCUUCGUGUAUUUAAUUCGGGUCAACAAGCUUCGAGUUUUGACCGAGUUUGAAAUCGAUCAAAGCCGUGUAAUGCAGUUCACUCUGAAAUUUUACUUGUAAGGGGGAAUUAAAAUAUUUGCAAAUUUUGCAA